GCUAACCAAACACCUCUUUUAUUAUGUAAGGCUCGUAGGGUAGAAAUUUCCACCGAUUCGACGACCUGGCAAGCACUUACUAUAAUUUUGGCACGCUCGCUGACAUCACCUUGCGGAAUUAGCUUAAUUGGUCUUCUUGUGGUUAAACAGUUGUUCUGCGCAGCCUAGGCGCCGGAUGUGGGAGCUUUGGCUGGCAAUCCUUGGGCUGCUUUCUGCUAUUAUGAGAUCGAUUGGCCAACAGCUUGAACGAUUGGCAUCAUCUUUAAUGCGCGGAAAGCUUGGUGCAUUGGCUCCAUCUGGAGAGCCAGCGCUGGCAUAUGGCAUCGCUCAGCUCGUGGACUCGGUACCAUCAUUGGAGCACAUGCUGAGGUCGCUCGCGGGUGCCAAGCAGCUGGCAGUAGACGCUGAAGGCAUCAGCCUUGGUCGCACCGGCAAGCUCUGCCUGCUCUCCGUGUCACCCUCCCUCCCGCCCGACUCCCCCCCUGGAGCCCACCCGCCCGUCUUCCUGCUCGACGUCUCCACCCUGGCCGCAACCGCCUUCACCCACACGCCACCGCCACUGCCACGCUCCUAUGCAGCAGCAGCAGCAGCUGGGACAAUACCGUUGGGGGCAACCGCAACCGCAGUAGGGACAACAGCGGCAGCACCCGGGCCAGCGCCCUCCUCUCCGCCUCCUCCGCCUCCCACCCGCAGUCUGCAGGGGUUGCUGGAGUGCGAGGGCGUCACCAAGCUCUUCUAUGACGUGCGGGCGGACAGCGAGGCGCUGUUCCACCAGCAUGGAGUGAGGCUGAGGGGCGUGGUGGACCUGCAGCUAAGCGAGGUUGCCUUCCGGCGCUACGGCCCCUCCAUGCGCCGGGUGGGCUACGUGGUGGGGUUGGCUCGGGCGCUGGAGUGGUACCUUGAUGCGGAGGUGCGGGAGCGCUGGCGGGCCACCGCGGUGGACAAGCGGCUGCUGCAUGCGACAUACAACACCGACCCCACGUAUUGGGACCGGCGCCCCCUUACCGAGGAGCAGGUCCGCUACGCCUCCGACGACGUCCUCUACCUGCACCACCUGCACCGCCAAUUUAACGCGGCGCUGGCACCGGCCAUACUGCAGAGGGUUGCCCGUUUCAGUGAAUACCGGGUGACCGAGAGCCAACAGCAGCAGCCGCCACAGCAGCAGCAGCAGCCGGAUGGGACAGGGGCGGAGAAGCAGCCCGGGGCAGCAGCAGGGGGGCCGGGAGCAGCAGCUGCGGGGGGUGCAGGGGGAGGUGGCAACGGGGACCCGUCGCGAGCCCUGGCGCCGCCGGGGCUGUAGCAGCAGCGGCAGCAGCAGCAGUACCAGUGUUUUGCGUACGGGUGAUUUGGUGACCUGAGGACACCGCGGCUGUGCGCUGGCUGUGGCUCUGGGGGGCAGCAGCAGUGGCGGUGGUAGUGGCAGUGGUGGCUGUGGCAGCAGUGGCAGUGGUGUAGGACGGGAGUCGAGGCGCACGUGUGGAGGUCGCCCCCGGGGGAGGAAGAGCAGCAGAUAAAGGAGCAGGAUCAACAGCAGGAGGAGCAGCAGAUGGAGGAACAGUAGCAGCAAGAGGUGCAGGAGGAAGAGCAGCAGGAGGGCGAGCUAGGCGUGUUCCGUCGCUUUUCUGGCUUACGGCUAGGACACUGGAGGCCUCGAUUGCAGGGAGUGAAUGGGAAACCGUGGAAGUAGAGAAGUCACAGUGGCUAAAGUGUAGUACAGCUGGCCACGCCUGCCUGCUUCAGGCGUGGCUUAAGGCACAAGACGCACAGUUCCACGUCCCAAGCCCUCUCGCUCCAUUCACAGACCCACCGCAGUGCACCCCAAUUCGUUUAUCAAUGGCGUCUGCCUCAUGCAUGCUAAAUGGCAGCUGUUUGGGAGCGGUGCGAUCCCUCCAUCCGCGAGUA